AUAGAGAGAGAGACCCACUGUUCACUGUUGCAGAAGCACAACCAAAACCAUUCAAAUAUAUAUAUGGAUUCCUUCUACAGCACGACUACCUUGGCUGCUUUCACGCUGCUGCUCGCUCUCCUCCUCCCAUUUCCACUUGCAUUUGGUGGAAUUACAUGCGAGAACUUGCCGAAUGAAUACUGUGCAUUCUCAGUAUCGUCUGCCGGUUUCCGAUGCGUGCUGGAGAAAUACGAGGCAGGUGCCGACGGCGUCAAGCUUGGAUGCAAGUCAUCGGAUGUGCUUGUGGAAAACACGGCUAGCUGGGUGGAAAUAGAUGACUGUAUUGAGUCGUGUGGACUCAAGAGGAAAUCAGUUGGCAUCUCCUCCGACUCGCUCUUGGAACCCAACUUCCUUCAUAAGCUUUGCUCUCCCAAAUGUUUUCAGUUCUGCCCAAAUAUUGUUGAUCUCUAUUUCAAUCUUGCAGCUGCAGAAGGUGUGUAUCUGCCAAAGCUAUGCCAGAAAAUGCGAUCUAAAUUUGGACAAGUUUGGGCACCAGUAGGAGCUCCUACAUAUGGACAACCAAUCCCAGGGGGAGAAGUCUAAGCCUCCAUUUAUUUAUGUAUGUAUGUACUUUUCCCUCUAAUGGGGGGACCAACUUUAAACCCUGCCUUAUCACCAUCACCUUUUGUUUACUGAGAUCUAUUCUGGCCCACUGCCAACUCUAUACGUGAGUCGUCCGUUGUCUUCGUGUUCUUCUUCUCUUAUUUUUGUACUACUUAUUAGUGCUUUAUAUUUCCAUAUAUAUGACUACUGGUCAGGACCCGUGCAAUGCAACGCACGGGCUUUGUUGUAAGAAAUUGAGUUAGAAAGUGUCUUAUGUCAUUUCUUAUUGGUUUAAGUCGGAA